AUGUCUUCUAUGCAAAGAAAUAUGGGGGAAGAUGAGGAGUUAUAUGACAUGUUCAAUGACCUGCCUCAGUGGAAGUCUAGUGGAGCAGUAGACAGUGGUCCUAAUGGGAUAGGAAAUUCUAUGAAUACUCCAUCUUAUGGAUUGGCUAAUCCUGGGGUCAUGGGAGGUGUAUAUAACUAUGAGCAAGAUUUUACUAAUGAUAAUCCGAAUAUUAAAGUCGACGAAGUAGGAGUCGAUGGAAUCGCUCGUUAUGGUCAGUCGAGUGGAGCAAACUGGCCAUCAUUGAACAGCUCCAACUUGAGACAAUUGGACUCCGCUAAUGGGAACUCCUCAGAAUUGUUAACACCUAAUAUGAACUUUAAUGGUGACAAUUUGUCACCUCAAUCUUACGACCAGCUGCAACUUUUGGACCCGAAGUCGCCUAGCGUUCUUUCGAGCCAUUCCUUAUAUUCUGACACCUCACUGCACCCUAGCAGUCCAUUUUUGGAUGCCAUGUCUCAUUUCAGUGGCAACUAUUCAAACGUAGGAAACAACAACCCCUUGCCCGGUCAAUAUUUAGAUCCAGAAACCAAUAUGUUCAAUAAUUUUGACAACGAACUAGCUUUGGGAAGCUCAAUAUCAAAUACAAAUUUAAAUAAGUUUUUUGUGCAAGAUCAGCAGCGUUCUCAGGUUCCUCAACAGUACAAUGAUCGACAAUCAAUGAAUCAAGGCCUAGGUCCUAGCGUACUAAGUGCUGCAGAAUUCGAUCGGUUUGACAAUUCUAAUAGACUAACUGAAAAUAACUUAAUAAGUUACAACAAUGCCAUUCAGGAACAGCAAAAAGAAGUGACAAUAUCCAUACAGACCCCUGAAGAAAUUGCUGCUAAGGCUCCCUCGUUAUUCAGCAACUCUUCAGCAAACUCGUCAGCACGUAAUUCAAUGCAUCUAGGUAAUGACCAUCUAGCAAGAAAUCAGGCAGCUUCAAAUUCACUCGCGCCUAAUUCCCAACAUAAUUAUUCAAGUCCAGGUUCGGCUGUAUCUGAACUGUACAAUGAUCAUGCAUUACUUAAUCCUGAUGAACUCCAGAGAAUGAGGAGGGGGAGAAGAAGAAGUCAUUCAAAUAGACAGCAUUCAAGAUCAAGAUCGAGAUCAGCUUCAAAAUCACCGAGCAGGAGUGAAGAGGACAGUGACGACGAUGCACUUCCAAAAGUAUCGUCUAGAGAAAAAAUGCUCGAAUUAGCGUCUCCAAAUCAAUCUUCCAAAAGAACCCAAAAGCAUCCUUCAGUUUAUGCAUGUCAUUUAUGUGAUAAACGAUUCACCAGGCCUUACAACUUGAAGUCUCACUUACGGACUCAUACCGAUGAAAGGCCGUUCAUAUGUAAUGUUUGUGGAAAAGCGUUUGCUAGGCAACAUGAUAGAAAGCGACAUGAGGAUUUACAUACUGGCGAAAAGAAGUUCCAGUGUAAAGGAUUUUUAAAAGAUGGUACGCCAUAUGGCUGUGGCCGGAAAUUUGCUAGGGCUGAUGCUUUAAGGAGGCAUUUUCAAACCGAAGCUGGCAAAGAAUGUAUACGUUUAUUAGUUGAGGAGGAUGAGAAAGAUAAGACAAAUGACCCUUCUCUGCCGAGAAUCCCUUCAACAAGUCAAAGUGAGAACUCAAACAACGAAUAUUUGAGUCCCAGAAGUGCAUUAAUGGAGUCAUCAGUUAGUUUAACGUCUGUGCCUCUGGUUGCAAUUUCUCCUCCCGAUUGA